AUGUUUCACAUGUUUGUUUUGUUCUGUCUGUGCUGGUGGAGUCUGACUGGUGUGUUUGGUGAGUCAAUGUUAGUGAUGGAGGGAUAUUCUGUCACUCUAAACACUGAUGUUACUGAAAUACGUGAAGAUGAUGACAUACUGUGGAAAUUUGGAGUUGACAACUCUCUCUUAGCUGAAAUCAGUCGAGAGAAACAAAUCUUCUCCACAUAUGAUGUUCCUGAUGGGAGAUUCAGAGAUAGACUGAGGCUGGAUCAUCAAACUGGAUCUCUGACCAUCAAAAACAUCACAUCUGAACACGCUGGAUUCUAUCAACUAGACAUAAUUGGAGUAAAAUGGUCAUCAAAAACAUUCAGUGUUUCUGUCUAUGCUCGUCUGCCUGUUCCUAACAUUACCAGAAACUGUUCAUCAUCAUCAUCAUCAUCAUCAUCAUCAUAUUGUUCAUUGGUGUGUUCAGUGGUGAAUGUGGGGCAUGUGACUCUCUCCUGGUACAAAGGAAACAGUUUAUUGUCCAGCAUCAGUGUGUCUGAUCUCCGCAUCAGUCUCUCUCUACCUCUGGAGGUGGAAUAUCAGGAUAAAAACACCUACAGCUGUGUGCUCAACAAUUCAUUCACUAACCAGGCUACACAUCUGGACAUCACUCAACUCUGUCACACAUGUGCAGAUCAGGGCCUACAUUUAUUUUACAUAGUGUUGGUCUCUGCUGCUGGAUCUCUGUUGAUUGUAGUUUCAGUCGUGAUGUGCUGCAUCUGCAGGAAAUGUAGAAAAAGAGCCCAGACCCAAGAGGAAGACCGAAUUGAUUCAGCAUUGUGUAAACCGAAAACAGAGAAAACGAAACCAAAGAUUGAGGCUGUGUAUGGAAAUGUCCCCAAAAAACAAUGAUCAAAUACUGGAAUUUUUGUUAGAACUCAUACAGGACAAUACCUUACCUUUUCAUUCACAUUAAUUCUCUUCCAGGAUGUCACUAUUUUGUCUGUAUCCUAUCUUUUGGUGUUACUGUGAUGUCUAAAAU